AAUCCAUUUCAACGACGAGCAUUCCAUUUGUAUCGACAAUAAGAGACGUACCAUCAACUACACCCGAACUGACUCCAUCUCACAAAAGGACGACUGAAACAGAAUCCAUUUCAAUGAGCGUACCAGUUCUAUCGACAACCAAAGAAGUACCAUUAACUACACCCAAACUGACUUCAUCUCACAAAAAGACGACUGAAACAGAAUUUUACACUGCGACUGACUCAUUUGAAUCCACGAUUGGAACUACGAGUCCUACAAUCACACAAACAUCAUCGGUCAUUACAACUCAGCGGGGCGAUACAGAAUCCAUUUCAACGACGAGCAUUCCAUUUGUAUCGACAUCAAAAGAUGUACCAUCAACUACACCCGAACUGACUCCAUCUCACAAAAGGACGACUGAAACAGAAUCCAUUUCAACGAGCGUACCAGUUCUAUCGACAACCAAAGAAGUACCAUUAACUACACCCAAACUGACUUCACCUCACAAAAAGACGACUGAAACAGCUAAAAAAGUACACAAAGCAACAACCAUACCAACUCUGGCUCCGGAUGAAGAAAUAACCGAAACAGAAUUUUACACUGUGACUGACUCAUUUGAAUCCACGAUUGUAACUACGAGUCCUACAAUCACACAAACAUCAUCGGUCAUUACAACUCAGCGGGGCGAUACAGAAUCCAUUUCAACGACGAGCAUUCCAUUUGUAUCGACAACAAGAGACAUACCAUCAACUACACCUGAACUGACUCCAUCUCACAAAAGGACGACUGAAACAGAAUCCAUUUCAACGAGCGUACCAGUUCUAUCGACAACCAAAGAAGUACCAUUAACUACACCCAAACUGACUUCACCUCACAAAAAGACGACUGAAACAGCUAAAAAAGUACACACAGCAACAACCAUACCAACUCUGGCUCCGGAUGAAGAAAUAACCGAAACAGAAUCCAUUUCAACGACGAGCAUUCCAUUUGUAUCGACAACAAGAGACGUACCAUCAACUACAUCCGAACUGACUCCAUCUCACAAAAGGACGACUGAAACAGAAUCCAUUUCAACGAGCGUACCAGUUCUAUCGACAACCAAAGAAGUACCAUUAACUACACCCAAACUGACUUCACCUCACAAAAAGACGACUGAAACAGCUAAAAAAGUACACACAGCAACAACCAUACCAACUCUGGCUCCGGAUGAAGAAAUAACCGAAACAGAAUCCAUUUCAACGACGAGCAUUCCAUUUGUAUCGACAACAAGAGACGUACCAUCAACUACACCCGAACUGACUCCAUCUCACAAAAGGACGACUGAAACAGAAUCCAUUUCAACGAGCGUACCAGUUCUAUCGACAACCAAAGAAGUACCAUUAACUACACCCAAACUGACUUCACCUCACAAAAAGACGACUGAAACAGCUAAAAAAGUACACACAGCAACAACCAUAACAACUCUGGCUCCGGAUGAAGAAAUAACCGAAACAGAAUUUUACACUGCGACUGACUCAUUUGAAUCCACGAUUGGAACAACGAGUACUACAAUCACACAAACAUCAUCGGUCAUUACAACUCAACGGGGCGAUACAGAAUCCAUUUCAACGACGAGCAUUCCAUUUGUAUCGACAAUAAGAGACGUACCAUCAACUACACCCGAACUGACUCCAUCUCACAAAAGGACGACUGAAACAGAAUCCAUUUCAAUGAGCGUACCAGUUCUAUCGACAACCAAAGAAGUACCAUUAACUACACCCAAACUGACUUCAUCUCACAAAAAGACGACUGAAACAGCUAAAAAAGUACACACAGCAACAACCAUACCAACUCUGGCUCCGGAUGAAGAAAUAACCGAAACAG